CAUGUGACGGCCUCUGACAAUCGCUCAAUAGUGGGAAAUAGCUGAGUUAAAGGCCCUGUAGCUGUUUUCAUUUUCUUUAUAAGGGAUUUUAGGAAAACGCAGGACAAGUCAGGAGCAAAGUGCAUCUCUGGUCUGUUGGGCUUUAGGCAGAAGUGAGUCUGAAGGUCCAGUAUAGUGCCUGAUGAGCGUCCUGGGACGAGCUCUCUCAGCAUGGCACAGACACUCAGAUUCACCUGGACAUUUCUUUUCCUUAUCUUACUUUCUGGGCUGCAGUGCGAUGAUGGUGGUCAACCCCACAACAGGCAAAAAAGAGACAUCAGCAAUGACCAGCCUCGUAUGAUAUCAGAUAACGGUCACCUCACGUUCUCCACCGGCUACAAUAAAGACAUUCGCUUCAACACCCUAGGAUCAGGAAGUCUGAAGAUUGGGGCCGAGGACCUUGUCCAGCAGAUAAAUCAAAUCAAAAUUAACAAAGCUGACAUCGACACCAUUAAAAACAGCGGCACGCCUCCAGACAUUACAAACCAGCUCAAUCAGCUGAACACCAGAGUCACUACACUCGAGUCAAAAGUUCAGACCAUAGAACAGACAGUACAGAGGAAAACAUGCAGCAGUAAUCCAUGCCAGAACACAGGGACCUGUCUGAACCUACUAGAUGCAUUUUUCUGUAUCUGCCCUGACAACUGGCAGGGUCCCACGUGUGCCGUAGACGUUAAUGAGUGUCAGAUAUUAGCUGGAAGUCCGCUGGGCUGCCAGAAUGGAGCCACGUGUUUGAAUACACCAGGAACUUUUACUUGUACCUGUACUCCAGAAUGGUAUGGCCCACACUGCACAUCCCGAUAUGAUGACUGCGCUGGUGGGAGUCAGAAUCUGUGUGUUCACGGGCUGUGCAUUGAUUCAGACAGAGUCACGCCUAACCAGCCCAAGUAUAAGUGCAUCUGUGAUGCUGGUUGGAUGUCUCCACCUGGAGAGGCAGCGUGCACAGCUGACGUGGAUGAAUGCAGCCUUCCUAACAAGCCGUGCUCCACAAAUCCAUCCGUGCAAUGCUUCAACACAUUGGGCUCCUUCUAUUGUGGCUCCUGUCCUGCAGGAUGGCAGGGUAAUGGUUACAGCUGUCAGGAUAUAGAUGAAUGUGCUACAAACAAUGGAGGCUGUUCAACAUCCCCACCUGUGCCUUGUCUUAACACCAUGGGCUCCUUCCAUUGUGGACAGUGUCCACCAGGCUACGAAGGAGACGGGAAGACUUGUACUGAAGCUGACAUCUGCUCCGCAAACAAUGGUGGAUGUCACCCGCUUGCAUCAUGCACAUCUACCCCAGGAAGUUUUAUCCCAUCAUGCACCUGUCCUCCUGGUUAUGUGGGUAAUGGCUAUGGACCUGCGGGUUGUACCCAGAUCACCGACAUUUGUGGGACCAGUAACCCCUGUGUCAACGGCCAGUGUGAGAACACAGCCACUGGAUACAUCUGUCGCUGUGACCCAGGCUGGGCGGGUCAGAACUGUGAUCAAAACGUAAAUGAGUGCUCCAGUAAUCCCUGUCAGAAUGGAGGUACCUGUGUUGAUGGGAUUAAUGGGUACACCUGUACCUGCACUUCCCAAUGGACCGGACCACAGUGUCAAACUCCACAGCAAGAAUGUGGAGGAGUUCUGGAAAGUCCAGCCGGGACCUUCAGUUACCCAAACAAUCCUGGAACUGGGGAGUAUGAUCAUCAGGUCAGCUGUGCCUGGGUCAUUCGAACCGACCCCGGCCAGGUUCUGCGGAUCACAUUCCCUUUCUUUGACAUCGAGAACAGCGGCUCCUGCACUUUUGACUUCCUGGAGGUCCAUGAUGGUGACAGUGCCUCCUCCUACAUGAUCGGAAAAUACUGCGGCACGGCCGCACCAGCCGAACUCUUCAGCUCCCAUAAUUCUCUGUACUUCUGGUUCCGCUCUGACCAUUCGAUCAGCGGUCGUGGCUUUACCGUGGCUUGGCAAUCUCAGGCACCAGUGUGUGGUGGAGAGUUGACGAAUUCAUAUGGUGACAUCAAAUCGCCCGGUUACCCUGGUAACUAUCCACCUAAUCGUGACUGCUACUGGACAGUGAAUGUGAACCCUGGUCUGCUCAUAACGUUUGCCUUUGGGACCCUAAGCCUUGAACACCAUGAUGACUGCAACUUUGACUACCUUGAGAUCAGGGAUGGGCUGCUACCGGAGGAUGCGGUUAUGGGAAAAUAUUGCAGUACAUCAUCGCCACCACCGCUACAGACAACAGGACCAACCGCAUGGAUCCACUUUCACUCGGAUUUUAGUGUCAGCGAUCGAGGAUUUCACAUAACAUACACUACUUCUCCAUCUGACCCAGGCUGCGGCGGCGUCUACACAGAGACCGAGGGAAUCAUCAUCUCUCCCAAUUGGCCGAAUAACUACGCUCACAACAGGCAGUGCAUUUAUAUCAUCAGAAUGCCACAGAAUGAAGUGGUGGCACUUAACUUCACCCACAUGGAUUUGGAGAUUCAUAGCGGCUGUCUGUUUGACUUCGUGGAGGUUCGAGAUGGAACUAGUGAGACUGGCCCACUUUUUGGGAAAUACUGUGGUACCACAUUGCCGGCACCCAUUUUGUCCUCCACCAAUGCACUCUGGAUUCGUUUCCAAUCUGACAACUCUGUGGCACAAGCUGGUUUCAGGGCCACAUAUGAACUUGUCUGUGGUGGAACCCUCUCUGGAACCGGUGAGAUCCGCACACCCCUCCACCCUAAUCCGUACCCCCAUAACAAAGUGUGCGAGUGGGUCAUAAACCAACCUAUGGGCUACGUGGUCACUCUUAAUUUCCUCACAUUUGACGUUGAAGGAAGCAGCCAAUGCUAUUUUGAUCAUGUUGAGGUGAGAGAUGGUCCCAGCGCAAGCUCUCCUCUGAUUGGCCGUUAUUGUGGAACUGAGGUGCCUCCCAUGUUGCAGUCUUCCCAAAGAUCCAUGUUCAUCCAAUUCAAAACAGAUGCUUCGGUCUCCAACCAUGGUUUCAAUGCUGAGUAUAGAUCUGCAGAGCAAGGUUGUGGAGAGACUCUCACAGAACCAACAGGUUCAUUCACCAGCCCAGGUCAUCCCACCGUGUACCCUCACGGAGCCAACUGCACUUGGUACAUCUCUCUUGAACCUGGCAACCUCAUCCGUCUGUCAUUCACAACCUUCAACUUGGAGUACCACACAAACUGUACAUAUGACUACGUGGAUGUCUACGAUAAUGGUACCGCACUGACCGGCACCCUUAUGGGCAGGUUCUGUGGGCAUUCGGUUCCUCCAUCUUUAACAAGCACCGAUAGUCUGAUGACCGUCCUGUUGGUGUCUGACUCUAGUCUUGCCGCCGAGGGUUUUUCAGCCACUUAUGUCUCAAUCAAUGCGACCACAGACUGCAGUGCGGUAUUUACGUCUCCUACCGGACAAUUCAACUCCCCCAACUACCCGAGCAAUUACCCCACCAAUCGGGAGUGUGUCUAUAAAAUCAUAGUGGAAGUCAAUAUGCAGAUCAUGCUUAAUGUCACAGAUUUUCUGCUAGAGGCCUCGACUUCCUGUUCCUUUGACUAUUUAGAGAUCAGAGAUGGAGGCUAUGAAACGUCCCCUCUGAUUGGUAAAUUCUGUGGAGUAAGUGCCCCUCCAAUUAUAGUAUCCCAUAGUAACAGGCUCUGGUUGAAGCUACGAUCCGACAGUGUGCUCACCUACAGAGGGUUUGCUGCUCACUGGGAUGGUACACAGACAGGUUGUGGUGGUACCUUGACCACCAGUGUCGGAGGUUUUACCUCUCCAAACUACCCGCUGCCCUACCACCCCAAUGCCGAGUGCUACUGGCACAUCAAGACCAGCGCUGGAAGUACGCUGGUGCUCAGCUUUGCAGACUUUCACCUGGAGUCCACUUACGACUGCACAUUCGACUACUUAGCGGUUUAUAAUGGAAACAGCACCAAUGCUCCACAGUUGGCUAAGCUGUGUGGAAAUCAGAUUCCUCCACCUUUCCACUCAUCUAAAGAGAAUCUGUACGUGAAACUGCGCACAGACAGCAUCUUUCACACGGGCGGAUUUCUGGCUAACUACCAAACCAUUUGCAAUGGUGUGCUGAUCGCCAAUCAGUCCCGGGGAAGGAUCGAGAGCUUAAACUUUCCCAGUAACUACCCCACUUAUGCCAACUGUAGCUGGACCAUCCAGGCCUCCAUGGGCAACACCAUCAACUACACCUUCAUUGCUUUUGAGCUCGAACCACACACAUACUGCGCCUAUGACUAUGUGAAGCUGUAUGAUGGACCGAAUGAACAGGCUCCUCUGAUUGGUUCAUUUUGUGGAAACACGCCUCCACCGGCCAACACCACAACCAGUGGCAACCUUCACAUUGUGUUCCGGUCCGACUAUGUUUUAUCAUACAAGGGAUUUCAAAUGGACUGGUACCAGAAUGGUUGUGGUGGGGAACUUUUCUCCCCCUCUGGUUCCUUCAACAGUCCGGGAUACCCGAACAGAUACCCAGAAAACCGUGAGUGUGUCUGGUAUAUCCAGACCAGCCCAGGGAGUAGCAUCUCCGUCACCAUUCUUGAGUUUGAUGUGGAGUUUCACCCCAACUGUAACUAUGACAAACUGGAGGUGUAUGGAGGGCCUGACCUCUCCGCUCCGCGAUUGGCCCAGCUCUGCACCACACGCCCUCCGAGUAAUCCACUACAGGUGGCCAGCACUGGUAACAGUAUAACGGUUCGAUUCAUAUCCGAUAUGUAUGUGAGCGGCAAGGGCUUCAACGCAACCUGGCAGGAGGUCCAAGGAGGAUGUGGAGGGGCUGUCACAGCCCCUAGUGGAGAAAUCCACUCUCCUCAGUACCCCGGCAAGUACCCUGACAAUUCGGACUGCUCCUGGACCAUCACGGUGGACGCGGGGCACAGAGUAUUCUUCAACUUUACCGAUCUAGACAUUGAAGUUCAUUAUUUAUGUGACUUUGACUAUGUGGCUAUCCAUGAUGGUCCAGAUGAGUCGUCUCCUCUCUUGGGUAAAGUGUGUGGCAUUUCUAGGCCUGAUCCUAUUAUAUCAACACAGAACGUCAUCCACGUUCGCUUCAGAUCAGAUGAAUCUCGAACCCAUAAAGGCUUCAGUGCCAGGUUCUCAGAAGCAUGUGGGACCACUAUAAUAACUGAUGAUGUGGGCGGAGCUAUUGCCUCUCCCCGCUAUCCAUACACUUAUCCACCCAAUCAGAACUGUACCUGGAUCAUACUGGCACAGGAGCCAUUCAACCAUGUGACUCUGUCCUUCACUGACUUUGAGGUGGAGAUGGUGUCUGGUAACUGCUCACAUGAUCGUGUGGAGAUCCUGGAUGGAGACAAUUAUGAUGCCCCAUCUGUUGGUCGAUAUUGUGGGUAUGAAUUACCUCAUCCAGUCACAUCGUUCAGCAAUGCCCUAGUGGUAAACUUCGUCUCAGAUUCUUCCGUACAAAAGAAAGGUUUCAGGGCAACCUACAUGGCCUCAACCUCAGGUUGUGGUGGACAUCUCUUCAUGGAAUCGGGUGCUUUUAACAGUCCAAACUAUCCGGAUGUAUACCCACCUAAUGCGGAGUGUGUGUGGACCAUCACCAGUUCCCCUGGGAACCGCCUGCAACUGUCCUUCAUUAUGUUCCAGCUUCAGCAGAGUACCGAUUGCAGUAAUGACUACUUGGAGAUUCGUGAAGGUCACUCUACUGGCACUCUGGUUGGCCGUUUCUGCGGUGACGCUCUUCCUUCCAACUACACCUCCAUAGUUGGCCACAUAUUGUGGAUCAAGUUUGCCUCUGACUCUUCAGUGAGCGGCGCUGGAUUCAGAGCAGUAUUCUCCCACUUGUAUGGGAAUGAGAUCACAGGCAGUUCUGGCCAGGUAGCUUCCCCUCUUUACCCACGCAACUACCCAGAUAACGCAGACUACCGCUGGACCAUCACAGUGAAUGCAGACUCCUAUGUGCAGAUUCACUUCCUGGAAAUUGACAUUGAAGACAUUUUCGACUGCUAUUAUGACAAGCUAAAGAUAUUUGAUGGUCCAAACACCCAUGCCUACCUGCUGGGUGAAUUUUGCGGCCUGACCCUGCCCAACCCAGUGAGAAGUUCAGGUAGCACUUUGACUCUUGAGUUUAAAUCCGAUGAUGUCAUUGGAGGAAAAGGCUUUCUUAUCGAGUGGACGGCCGUUCAAAAUUCUGGUCCUUUGCCUACUAUAGAGCCAGGAGCAUGUGGUGGAGUACUGACGACCGGAGACACACCCAGGUUCCUCUUCUCUCCUGGUUGGCCUGAGCAAUACCAGCCUAACCUUGAGUGCUCAUGGGUAAUCCGCUCUCCUGGCUCUGUUGUGGAGCUUAAUCUGCUUUCUCUUGAGAUUGAGGAUGAGGUUUCGUGUCUGCACGACAGCCUGGUCAUCAGAGAUGGUGAAACCAAUUUAUCUCCACUGAUUGCAACCAUUUGCGGGCGGCAGCUGCCUGGUUCUCUUCACACAACUGGUGAAGCAAUGUUCCUGCGAUUCACCUCUGAUGGCACCAAUAAUGGAGGAGGGUUCAAUGCCUCGUAUACCAGAGGUUGUGGAGGUUUCAUCCAUACGGACAGAGGUGUUAUAAGUUCUCCCCAGUACCCACAGAACUACAAGCCCUACCUGAAUUGCAAUUGGGAAGUAUUGGUCACUCCAGGGUUUAGGGUGUCCGUGACAUUCCAAACACCCUACCAAAUACAAGGGUUUGGCACACAGUGCAGCACUGGGGACUACUUGGAGUUACGAAAUGGACCUGAUGGCAACUCACCAAGUCUGUCAGGGCGUCUCUGUGGGACCAGCCCUCCAUCCACACUUCAAACCACAGACAACGGCUUAUUUGUCCACUUUGAGUCAGAUGCCUCAAAUGAGGCUAGUGGUUUCAAACUGGUAUUUGAGGCCCAUAGUUCAGCUUGUGGUGGUGUUAUUGGGCUGAAUGAUGGAGAUCCGCCAGGUUACAUUACAUCUCCUAACUAUCCAUCAAACUACCCCCAAAAUAUCGAUUGUGUGUGGAUAGUCCAUGUUCCCAAUGGAGAGGCUGUACAACUCGACUUUGAGGAUGAUUUCUACAUUGAGCCUCAUACUGGAUGUCUUUAUGACUACAUUGAGAUUCGUAAUGGCCCCACAUCGGAUGCUGAUUUGAUUGGCAGGCUUUGUGGCAAUACCCGCCCAUCCACACAGCAUUCAACGGGCACCACCAUGUAUAUACGGUUUCGAACUGACACCAGCAUCGCACAUAUUGGUUUCAAAGCCAAAGCCUCUAUCGCUACAUGUGGAGGCACUUACAUUGGUCAGAAUGGUAUGAUCAAAAGUCCAGGUUACCCAGAUUCACAUUAUCCAGACAACUCCAACUGUGAAUGGUACCUGGAGGGUCCCACUGGACAUUAUCUGACCCUAACUUACACCACUUUUGACCUCCAGAGCUCCAUUGACUGCACUAAUGACUUUGUGGAAAUCCGUGAAUACAACGCCUCAGGUCGUCUAUUGGGAAGACACUGUGGAAACAGCCUUCCGACUCCCAUGGACACUGCGGACAGUUUUGCAUACGUGAAGUUUGUCAGUGAUAGCAGUGGAAAUGCAGCAGGGUUCAGCCUGUCAUUUGAAGCCAGUGUUGAAGAGUGCGGAGGGGAUCUGAAUGCACCAUUUGGGACCAUAUCAUCUCCCAACUACCCAAAUCUGUACCCUCACAGCCGAGUGUGUCACUGGAGAAUCAGUGUUCCUCCAGGUCGUAGGGUUACUCUAACCAUCAAUGACUUGAGGCUGGAGGACCACGAUACCUGCCUAUUUGACUAUGUUGAGGUCCGUAAUGGUUUGGCGCCAAGUGCCCCUCGAUUGGACCGUUUAUGUGGCACAGUGCCUGCUGGUACUCAAAUGAAAUCUUCGGGGAAUACUAUGACCGUAAUUUUCUCCACAGAUUCAUCAGUGUCUAAUGGUGGAUUCACUGCAGAUUACUCCUCAGAGGAAGAAGCAGUGUGUGGUGGGAUACUUAGUGAACCUGGCAACUUCACCUCACCGGACUUUGGCAUUGGAAACUACAGCAACAACUUGAACUGCGAAUGGCUGAUCCAGAACCCAAAGCAUGUGAAUUCCUCAAUUGUGAUAUUUAUAGACAGCCUCCAUCUAGAACAUCAUCAAACCUGCGAGUGGGACUACUUGGAGUUCAGACUGGGUGAUGUGAAUGGAGAGUUCCUGGCCCGUUUCUGUGGUCAGACCGCACCUACAAACCCCAUAGUGGUGUUUACCCCUGAGCUCUGGGUCCACUUUCUAUCGGAUGAGGCUGUAGUUGACUUGGGCUUUAAAGUCACAUAUUACUUUUCAGAGUGUGGAGGUUUACAGAGUGGAGAUGGAGGUGUCAUUUCUAGCCCUGGAUAUCCCAACCAAUAUCCCAGUCCAAGCCGCUGUGCAUGGCUUCUUGAGGCUCCAGAAGGACACACUAUCACUCUCACUUUUACGUACUUUGAAGUGGAAGAGCACAGCCAAUGCGGUUGGGACUCUGUGACUAUCUUCAAUGGAGGCUCACCAGGAGCCCCCAUGAUUGGUCAAUAUUGUGGACACAACUCUCCUGGAACAGUCCAAUCAGGUUCCAACAAGUUAGCUUUGGUGUUUCUUGCUGAUCAUGCAGUGUCCAAAGGAGGAUUUGUUGCUACCUGGUCAACGGACUCAUCAGGGUGUGGUGGAAUCAUUCAUGCUGAUACAGGCACCAUCAAGUCUCCCAAUUAUCCACAGAAUUUCCCAACCAAUACUCAAUGUUCCUGGACCAUCAUAGCCCAUGAUGGAAAUCAUCUUGAAAUGGGCUUUGCCAGUGACUUCCAGAUCCCAGAUGCAAGUGGACAGUGUCAUAACAGUUACAUCAAGGUAUGGUCUGACAGCGUAGAGAAAGAUGAGAAUCUCUUGGUCACUGGUUGUGGCUCUACAGCACCUGGUGUAGUCACUGCACCCCGAAAUGUUAUGAAGGCCCGUUUCCAAUCCACAGAAACGCCUGGCAAAGGAUUCUCUGCCGCAUUUUAUACUCGAUGUGGAGCAAAUUUUACAGGCUCAAUUGGACGGGUAGUAUCUCCAAACUACCCAGACCACUAUCCAGAUAAUUCCAAUUGUAAUUACAUCAUUGAUGGAGGAGACCAGAACGUAGUUGUCCUCACAUUUAAAACUUUCCAAUUGGAGGCACACUCCACAUGUAUCUAUGACGGUGUGAAGAUCUACAGUGGUACAGUCAUCAAUGGUUCUCCAAUGGCUACUCUUUGUGGAAAUACCAUCCCAGGCGUCUUCUCCACUUUUGGACCAAUGCUUCUGAACUUCUACUCUGAUUUCUCAGUUAACGAUAAUGGCUUCCUGGCUGAAUACAGAACCUUGCCAUGCGGUGGUACAUUUAAUGGCACUGCGGGGACAGUCAGCAGUCCUGCGCAUUCAAUCAUCAACUAUCUUCACAACAUCAACUGUACAUAUCACAUACACGUCAGCAACAAUCGCGUCAUUGACCUCAAAUUCAACUCUUUCAGUUUAGAGGCCUCCUCAAACUGUCGCUUUGAUUAUGUGGCUGUGUACGACGGAGAAAACAUUCUUGCCCCGCUAAUGGGGAAAUUCUGCGGACAGGAGCUUCCGCCAAACCUCAGGUCCUCGUCCAAUCAGAUGUUUCUCGUAUUUGUCACUGACGCAUCAGUUGCGGCAGAGGGUUGGAGAGCAACCUACAGUGAAACUUUAGGUCCACAGCAGGGUUGUGGUGGCUACCUGACGUCCUCCACUGCAAUGUUUGGUUCUCCCGAUAUUAACAUGAAUGGACAGUAUGAGCCACGUAUGGACUGUAUGUGGACCAUUGCUGUGGAGGAUAAUAAAUCCAUUAACCUCACAUUCUCCACAUUUGAGCUUGAAGGUCCAGUUGGAGCCUUCUGCAGAUAUGACUAUGUCAAGAUGUAUGAUGGUGACAGUGCUCACUAUCCACUGGUUGGAACAUACUGUGGUGAUGUAGUUCCCGCUCCUUUCAUCUCAACCAGUAACUUCCUAACCGUUCACUUUAUAUCAGACGGCAUCGUGCAACGCCGCGGAUUCAACGCCACUUAUGUGGCAAUGGACAGACUUUGUGGAGGAACAUUCAAUGCAACAGAAUCGGCUCAGACCAUCACAUCUCCUCUCUAUCCAAAUCCUUACCCACCCUUCACCUCGUGCCGCUGGGUUCUGGAUGCUCCUUCUCAAAAGGCUAUAAAGGUGACCGUUCAACAGUUUCAGCUCCAGUCCAUCCAGAGCUGCACCAGCAACUUCCUGGAAUUUAAAGACUUCCCACUGGGGGAUUAUGGGCAGGCUCAUAAGUUCUGUAGCAUAGACUCGCACAUACCAGAUUUCUACAGUUAUGGCCGCACCAUGCACAUCACUUUUAAAUCCGAUAUCUUCAUGGCUGGCAAUGGAUUCAGUCUGACCUAUCAGGUUGCAGGUUGCAGUCGAGUUUAUGAGCAGGAAUAUGGCUACCUGAAAAGUCCAGGCUGGCCUGAUAUAUAUCCUGAAAAUAUUGAAUGCAACAUCGUACUGCAGGCGCCUCAGAACAGCUCCAUCUCUCUGUUCUUCACCAGUUUCGAUCUGGAGAGUCACCCUUCCUGUACCUAUGACUAUCUGGAGGUGAGAAACGGCAGCACUGCCACGUCUCCUCUUUUAGGGAAGUACUGUGGAAGCAUGCUGCCCAAUCCCGUCUUCCCUGGAACCAACCAACUAUUUCUGCAUUUCAAGAGUGACUUUGCUAUGUCCCGCAAUGGCUUUGAGAUCACCUGGACUUCUUCACCACAGGGUUGUGGUGGUGUGUUAUACGGAGACCACGGCUCUUUCACCAGUCCGAACUACCCUGGCACCUAUGCCAAUGGCACAUCAUGUGAAUGGGGAAUUAGAGCCCCUAGUGGCAGAGUUGUGACAGUCACGUUUAACCAGAUCAGCAUUGAUGAUCCAGGAGACUGUCAGAAUAACUACCUGAAGUUGUAUAACGGACCCAAUGCUGAUUCACCUGUCGUUGGGCCUUACUGUGGAUUGGAGACAAAUAUCGCACCAUUCAGAGCAUCAUCAAAUUUUGUGUUUGUGCAGUUCUCUGCCCAGUCUGCUGUUCUUCCAUCUGGGUUCAGACUCACCUGGAGCAGCUGAGACGAUAUUGAAACAUGAAUGCACACAUAUGCAAAUACGCACACACAUAACAAUCAUGUAAACAUUUUCAUUCACUGGCAAAUCAGAUAUACCGUAAUUUGACCUCCGGUUUUAGAUAAUUGUUUUAAGAAUGAGUUUCUAUAUGUAUA